ACUUCAGACACCGUUUUCAAAAAGAAUGUCCUAAGUUAUUCAAUCGAUGCGCAUAUACAUUUUAAUAUAUUUCGUUUUGUCUGCAUGUCUGGAUAGGUCAAAGGUCUUUACCAGUCUGCAAAGUUUUCCCCUCGUGUUCAAAGUAUUUUCAAGUAAACACGAAGUCUAGUAAAGUUGCAAUAUUUUUGGUAAUAUUCUCUUCAUUUGUUUUGGUCACUACUGGUCAAAACAAACAAUUGCAUAAAAGGGAAUAUACACUAUGAUGUUACAGAAUACAAUUAAUCUCUUUGCAUUGAUGAAAGAAUGCACAUAUACCAAAAUGUUGCACUUUUACCUUUAAAACAUUUAGUUGCAAAGUUUUUCAUAAAGCAGAGUAAGUGUGUGGCACAUAGUGGCUGAUAUCAAUUGAAGAGAAUCUCCUCAUUCACUUAAUUUCUCUUCUUUCAUUUGAAUAAAUCCAAUUUUCAUAUGUCCAGCCAGACGGCCUCUGAUUGGUCCGAUACGCGUAACAACACGCCUCUGAUUGGUCGGUUGUUCCCGUGCAGAUUUUUUUCAUGUGAGAAGACGUUUGGUGAAUGGCCGCUCGUCGUAGAAGCGUCCGGUGAGUCUGAUUGGCCAAACGCGUCGGGGCGUUUCAUUCUGAUUGGUCGACGCCCGAUGCCCGGUGUCCGGGUAAGAUGGCGUCGGAAGAGCAGUGCUCGGCACCGCUUCGAUGGCGGUCGAUAUCCUUAACUCACGUACAGUAUCCGGCGGAUGAUCUGACAGGACAGGUGCUGGCUUACACGAGUCUGCUGCCCAUAGCCAUCCUUGUCGGCUUUGUCACACUGAUCGUCUUUAAGAGAGAGCUACACACGAUCUCCUUUUUUGGGGGUUUGGUAAUAAACGAGGGGCUAAACUGGCUGCUAAAACACAUUGUACGGGAGCCGCGGCCAUGCGAGGGAGGUCACAGUUCACUCACCACAGAGUAUGGGAUGCCUUCCAGCCACUCUCAGUUCAUCUGGUUUUUUGUUGUAUAUUUUUUUCUUUUUCUUUAUUUAAGAAUGCAUCAGACGAACAAUGCUAGGUGUGUUGAACUGUUAUGGCGACAUAUACUGUCCAUCAUUUUACUGGGUGUGGCUCUGUGUGUUUCAUACAGCAGAGUCUACCUCCUGUAUCACACCUGGAGUCAGGUGAUUUAUGGAGGUGUGGCUGGUAUGGUCAUGGGAGUCGUGUGGUUUUUUAUCACCCAGGAGGUGCUAACGCCGGUGUUUCCUAAGAUUGCAGCCUGGCCGGUCUCAGAGUUUUUUCUGGUGCGAGAUACAAGUCUCAUUCCAAACAUUCUGUGGUUUGAAUACACAGUAACCAGAUCAGAAGCCAGAAACAGACAACGAAAGCUGGGAACAAAACUUCAGUGAUCUUCCGUGAAAACUGACAGAAAGGACCACAUGUACACACACUCAGAAUCACACAAACACACAAUCAAACACACUGGAGUUUCAUCGUCUGGACUGUUCUGGUUGACACACAAGCGCAGAACGGUGUACUUGUGGACCAAAGGAGCGAGUUCGUUUCUCAGACAUGAGCGUUAUCAUGCGACCCACCUGUUCGUACGCACGACAACAUGGCCGUCAACCCUCCCCUCCCUUAGACUGCCCCUGCCAUCAUAAUGCAUGCGGACCAUGCAAGAGACAAAAACUAUUUAAUGAGAAAUGUAAUAUAUAUUUUAAUCAUUACCGCUCGCAAGAAAUAUCAUACCGGUGAUGUGAACGGGGGAAGAGGUGAACGUGGCGAAUCAGUCAGCAUGGCAUUGCUUUUAUUUAAACGAUAGGUUAAUGAAUGAUUGACGGGAGGGCAAACGCAGAUGCAACACUGAUAGCAGACGGGGGGGUGGCUGACAGACAACUGCUUUAGCUCAUUUGCAUAUCUUAAGAGAAAUAUAUCUUUUACUCAGUAAAUCUCAUGACAACGUGUCGCAUUUUACCCCGUUAAGCAAUUCUGAAACAGUUUUUUUGCACUGUGACUUUUUCAGGACAGUUAAGCGCUUCCCUCCGUUCUUCCUUGAAUUCUGUGCUUGGUUAUCAUGAAAUAAUGUCACAAUGCAAAAUAAAAUUCUAAAAACACAAAAAGUUCUUUCUUUUGAUGUUUGGGGUAAUAUUUGACCUGGACACGUUCUUGAGAGGUUUUGUAAGAUUCACUCAAUACUCCUGUUAAAAGUUUAAUGUAAAUGAAACCGUUUGCACUUAAUGAAUUUAAAAACAUGUUUUUAUUAUAUGAACACUAGUUAUUUCAGAGAGGCAAGUAUUCUUUUGUUCCUCACUUUCAUCGCUGGCCUGUUUUAAGAACGAAUGUGUCAUGCAAGCGUUUAUUGGUUUCAAUUUGUGCUCCAAAAGUCUGUAAAGGCAUCACAAAUGUGGAUUUGGGUUUUACAGAUUCAUCUGUUUCAGUGGUGUAGGGAACAAAAUAUUGCCUAAAAUUGGUCUAAAUGAUGUAGUACUUUUAUUUGUUUUACAAAUUGCAUUAUUUCUAUUUUGCAUAAUUUUUGUACUGCACUAUUGGUUAAGAUAUUAGAAAAACACAUAGCUAUUUCUGGUUUAUUGGGUUUUAGAAAGCUUUACGUCGGCUAAUGGCUUUUUUGUUUAAUGUGAUUUGAAAGAUAUGCAGAAUCACUUUGUAAUAUUUGGGAUCUACAUUCCUUAUAAAUGUAUACAUAUCAAUCCAGAUCUCAGAGGUCACAGUUCUGACAGGUGGCUGAAAACUUAAUGCUCAGAGUUUUAUGUUACAAUUUAUCUAGACUUUGUCCAUUAUGAUUUUCCCUGGACAUUCCAUAAUACCACUUUUGAAUAUUUAGGGACAACUGCUAUUACAGAAAGAGAUUGCAAAUGGACAACGAAGCCCAAACCUCAGGUGAACUCUAGCAUGUACCGAGGCCUCUGAUUUAUUAGGAUGAAACUGUCCCCGAAGGGGUGUUUUUAUAAAGGGAAGGGAGGUUAUUGCAUAACAAUAAGUUGAUCCUCUCUUAUCAUGUGUAAAUCAUAUCAGGCUGAACAAUAAAACAAAUUGUUUAUGAAUGAAGUCUUGCGGUUAUUUGUGUCAUUUAACACAUUUUGUGUAGGUUAUAUUUUGCACCUUAUAAUGCUACAUUUUGUACUAUAAAUUAUUUAAGCAUAGUAAUUUUGCUCUUUUUGGGGUUCAAUCUUUGUGAAAAUUUGUGCUAGCCUGUGUCCCUCUACCAUAAAUACUCCUUGUCUAAAGUGCACUACAUCCUUACACCUUAUUGAUAUAUUAUAUAUUGAUUAUAUCUUGUUUCUAACAGGUGACACUGUGAGUUACGACCCAAUGUGCCUUUGCCAUUGUUCAAUAUGUUCCAGAACCAGAUGUGUUGAGAACACGUACGGAACUCGCGUAUCGCUGAGCUAAGCAGAAAUGACUAACAAUAUGUCUAGGGAUUUUCCACCGACCGAAGUGUUUAUUUCUUAAUCUGAGCAUUACAUAAUUUCCUCAUCUUUCGCAUAUACUGUAUAUGACCUUGCCUCAAUAAAGAUUUGA